AUGUCCGGACCGUACAAGUUAGGUGGUAAUAUCGCUCAGACCGAUGAGUUCCGGAAUUAUCUGGAUCUCACGAGUCGGGUGACGAUAUCGCUCGGACCAACAGACCAUGAAAUAUCUGGUCUGACGUGUCUGACGGCAGCUCGAAGUACGAGCGCAGCCACCAUCAACUAUCAAGAUCCUAAGACUAAGAAAAGUCCGUCCAGGCUCAGUAAGGCUGACCUUGACCCCAUCAAGUAUACUUAUCUAAGUACAUACUACAUCCGGGCUACUUGUAAAGACGAGGUCGAGUAA